AUGUAUUCCCCUUCUAGUUCUAGUGCUGAAAUUGCUGAAUUAUACGAACAGGAGCAAAAUUUGGAGCAAGUCAUAGCUUACUAUGAUAAAGCAGCCAAUCUUUUCCAAGGUGAAGAAGUGACAACUUCUGCAAACAAGUGCAAACAGAAAAUCGCACAAUUUUCAGAUCAACUGGAACAGUAUCAGAAAGCUAUAGAGAUUUACGAUGAGAUAGCACGACAGUCGCUCAAUAAUAACUUGCUAAAAUACGGUGUUAGAGGGCAUCUACUGAAUGUUGGCAUUUGCCAUCUCUGUAAAGGCGAUGUUGCAAUCACAAAUGCAUUGGAGCGUUACCAGGAAUUGGACCCCACGUUUUCAGGAACACGCGAAUGCAAAUUGCUCGCGGAUAUGGCUGCUGCUAUGGACGAAAAAGAUGUUGCAAAGUUCAGUGAUGCUGUCAAGGAGUUUGACAGCAUGACUAAACUGGUGGUUAAAUGGGAACUCCUUAACGGGUCGAUCCUCGAUAUGAGUAACCUUGAAACAUUGACAAUUACACAUCUAGAGGUCAAUAUGCUGACCGGUUCUUUACCAUCUUACUUUGGUAGUUUUCCAAACUUAUAA